UUUAGUGGAAAGUUUGACUCCGAGAAUGUUGAUAUGGAUGCACUGCUUUCAUGGUUGUAUGCUGGAUCUUCAAUUGGAGAGCAGCUAUUGUGUUGGAAUCAUAUGCUUGAGGAAAGAUCAAAUCAGGGAAUCGACCUUCUCCGGGCACUUGAGAGGGAGUUCAACAGCUUGCAGAACUUAUGUGAACGGAAGCUUGAACAGCUGAGAAAUGAGGAGGCUUUGAUUUCUGUAGAGAGCAUCUUUGCUGGAGAGCAAGCAAAAAGGAAUAGGAGGGGGCAGUUCAUUGGGUACGAGGAGCUCCUCAGGAAGCGGCAGGGUGUUUUGUUGGAGCGCAAUGCUGAGGAGCUGACUAACAGUAGCAGAUAUGAGUUGGAUGCAGUCUCAGCUAUUUUGAAGGAAGUUCACACAUCACACUUUGGUUAUGAUGAGGCUCUUUCUAGCAUGGCCCCACGCCUUUGUGACUUCGAUGGGUUAGACGGUGAGGAAUGGAAUAUGCAUGGUUUAAUGCAUUCAAAUUCAAAUGAUGCCGUGGUAGAGAUGAUUGUUUCAAAGAUGAAGGAACAAAUUACUAUGGAGCUUAGCAAGAUAGAUGCUAAGAUUAUGCGAAAUGUAGCUGUGAUGCAUCAACUGGAGCAUGAACUUGGACGUUCUUAUUCUCUUGAUUAUCGAAUGAUUCUUGUGCCUCUCAUGAAAUCGUUCUUGCAAACCUAUUUGGAAGAGCUGGUGGACAAGGAUGCCAGAGAGAGAUCUGAUGCUGCAAGGGAAGCCUUCCUGGCUGAACUUGCCUUGGAUGCUAAGAAGAAUGCUAGCAAAGGGGGUGACAUGAAACAGUACCAUGAGAAAUCAAAGGAUAAGAAGAAGUUGAAGGAUUCUCGGAGAUCCAAGGACCUCAAGGAUUCAAGCUGGAGUGACCAGUAUCUUGUUUGCGAAGACAGUGCUGAUGAGGAAACAAGAGAGAAAUUUCAACUUGUUGCUGAUUGUGAUGAUUUGGACUGCAAACUCUCAACAAGUGAUGAUUACUUCAAUGAACAAGAGGAAGAACUUAGGCGUAGAGUACAACUUGAAGCAGAGGAAAGAAAGCUGGAAGAGACUCUGGAAUAUCAACGAAGGAUAGAGGAGGAAACAAAACAGAAGCAUCUUGCAGAACAAUUUAGAAGUACCUAUGCAUCUUCUGUUGUUGGGACAGCUGGUCUUUUAAGCACUGGGAAUUUAAACAGGGCCCAAGAUAACCGUGAAAGUGCAUCCACUAACUCUUCGUUUGCUUAUCUAGAAGGCAUAAAGUUUGGCGACUUUCGCUAUUCUGAAGUUCCAUUGCGUGAACACUCUAACUACACUGAGAACAAUUUCAGGGAGAAACAUAAUGGAUUGGAUACACCUGGGGCGCAUGCAUUAACCAGCAGCGAUAUGAGUGUUUCUAAGUUAACAUUGAGAACGAAUGGGAUUUGGAAAAAUGCACAACAUACAAAAGCUCAGGGUAACCCUAGCUUCCAAAAGUCCAGGAAAAGUACUAGCGAAGCACAAAAGAAGUAUGCCCAAGGUGUGCCUGGUGCUAUUUAUGAUGAUGAUAGGGCAUCUGAUCCCCAAUUUGGUAUGACAACUCCUAGAUGGAGCAGCACUGGUAAAACAUCUUCCUAUGCAAAUCACAGCUAUCAUAAUGGAAAGCAGAAUCAGUUGCAUAUGUUGCCUUCAGAUGAUCGACAGUUUGUUAAUAAAGGACACACUGCAGGAACAGAGGAGCCAAAUUUUGAGAAAGUUGGCGAUGGUGCAAUUCCAUCAGCAGAUGUCUGCAUUGAGAAUGAUUUUGAUAAAAGGCUUCAAGAAGACCUUGACGAAGCUGUGCGCCAAAGCCUUGGUUAUGAUACCUAUUCUGCUGGUACCAUAUGCACUUCAAAUGGGACAGAAGUGUAUGGAGCUGGCCUUAAAAAUGCUGCUGGUGAAUGCAAUUGUUUCUUGAAUGUGAUUAUUCAGUCAUUAUGGCAUAUAAGGCGGUUUCGAUACAAGUUCCUUAAAACAUCAUCACUGCACAAGCAUGUUGAAGAUCCUUGUGCUGUCUGCGCAUUAUAUGAUAUCUUCAUUGACUUGAGCAAAGCUUCCAAGGGUCAAAGAGAAGCUGUUGCGCCUACUUCUUUGAGAAUUGCUUUGAGCAAAUCCUACCCGAACAGCAAAUUCUUUCAGGAGGGGCAAAUGAACGAUGCAUCUGAGGUACUGGGGGUAAUCUUUGAAUGUUUACAUAAAUUGUACACUUCUCGUACUGUCUGCCAUGGUAAAUCUCAUGAGAAGAAUUCGAUUGGAUCAUGGGAUUGUGCCAAUAUUUCUUGCAUAGCACAUAGUCUUUUUGGAAUGGACGUAUAUGAAAGGAUGAAUUGUCACAAUUAUAAAUUGGAGUCUAGACGCCUCAAAUAUACUUCAUUUUUCCACAAUAUCAAUGCUAGUUCACUCCGAACUGCAAAGGGGAAAACUUGGCGUGGCGAGGAACCAGUACUAGGGGCAGUGGCAAGGAUGCUGGACAGGUUGAGGCCUCUGUUCAAGGAGAAAGAGCUCAGAGAUGGACUGCUUCAUUGGGGCUCUGGCGCAGCUUGGGCCAAGACUGCCGAGAAUUGUGUGGAUGAACAGUUCAGAGUCGGUGACAUCUUCUUCUACGCAGUCCCAUCAGGGCUCCGGCGUUGCACCCUAUUCCGCAGACUUUUGCCGAUCUCUUGUUCUCUUUCUGGUAGCACGAGAGUUGCUCCAGCUAAACUUGUAUCGAGCGGGCAGGCUUAAAACACUUCUCUUUCACGCUCUAAAAAUCGUGUACAGAAACCUUUUCUCUAAAAAAAAGUUGACCUGA